AUGACCGGUAGUAUCAUCACUGGUGCCAAGCAGAAGGAUGUGAGGGUCGAGAAGGAGACAAGUUGGUUCAGCAAGGCUUUCUACGGCCAGGACACGAGAAGACUUCAGCUUCAUAGCGAUGCUUCACCUGCUACACUCUCUAACGUCGAUAGUCCUCUGGUUAGUAGAUCUACCUUGGUUUCGACGCCGGAUGAACGGCCGGAAUGGCAGGUCGCUACAGUCUAUCGCGUAGUCUCCAGUCUUGAGCUUGUUUUGCUGAAUAAGACAUCAUUGAUCUUAAAUGUCUCCUCCUCCUUCCUCCCUGCGCAGCUCUCGGGUCAAUUACAUCCAACCUGGCCCCGGCUAGCUUGCUUGCGAUGCUUGGAGAUCCCUGACACUUUUAUUAACAAUGGCGAUCUCAAUGUUUGCGAGAUUCUCCGAGGCCAUUCCGAGAUGCCAUGCGAGGAUCUCACCCGAGUGCGCAACGUGACAUGGAACCGGAGAUUCUUCGCUGCGACGAUGAAUCAGAAAUCGAACAAGAACGGGGAUACCGACGCCCAGAAGCUGGACGAGAGCGAAGAUUCAGACGGCCAUCAGACGGCCAAGGACCUAGCUUUGGACCCCGAGAAAAUGGUUGACACACCCGACGGCGCAGCGCAAGACGAGAAGACCAGCCAUACGAGCCAGUCCCAAGCUGGUGUAUCUGAGAGAGGCAGCUCCGGAGACAAUGAUGAGUGUGACGGUGACGAUACCCACCCUGACAGCUCCAAGGGCGACAACGGGGACUAG